AGAACGCGUCUUUAUGACGUAUAAUUAGCGCGCCUCAUCUGGCUCAAACUGAAAAGAGGAACCAAAACAUCGGUAGUUUGAAGGCAGGCUGCCUAUACAUAACUGAUGUCUCAACAACAAGCACAACAAACACUGCCCACUGCCCCAGACUCACCUGCGCUGGUGGUCACCUCCAAUGUGCAGAAAUAUGCUAUUAAGAAGAAAAAGGUCCUCACUGCUGAAGAAGCAGAGCUGUUUGAGUUAACUCAGGCUGCAGGCAUCACCAUUGACCAAGAGGUCUUCAAGAUCAUAGUGGACCUGCUGAAGAUGAACGUGGCUCCCCAGGCUGUUUUCCAGACUCUGAAGUUAAUGUGUGCAGGCCAGCGAGUGUCUGAUAGUUGUGGUGGAGGAGAUUCAGCUUCAGUUGGCAUAACCACAGCACCGGCAGAGGCCAGAGAUGAGGACUCUUUGGUCUCUGGAAAGAGCCCAAAACUUCCUGCAGCUCCUACCUCAGCGUCUGGGCCCAGAGCCACUAGGGUCAACACUAAGAUUGUGGUUUACGGCCCCCAAGACUCUAGUUCUCCUCACUCUCAAGUGCGCAGUAAAGCAGGCGCGAGCCACAGUGAGAAAACUAGGGAGGCCUCCAGUCAGCGAGUGCAGCGGCAGUCCAGUGCCACCAGGGGGCAGAAGACCAAGAGUUCGGGCAGCAGUAGUUCCUCCUCACAGAAAAACUCCACAUAAGAUUGGUCAGUUUGAGGCCAUUUGUAAAUAUAAACUCAACUUUGUGUUUAAUUUAUCUUCAUGUGUAGCCUGUUUUAAGGUUUGGGUCACCCUAACUUUAAAAAAGAAAAGAGAGACAUUUUUGAUUCUGUUGGAUCUGUAUCACUAUUGACGAAAUAUAACAUUUAAAAGAAGAUUACAAAAUGGUUUUAUUAAAACUUUUUUAUUGGUUCAACAUCGUUCCACUGAAAAGUGUUUAAUAGAAAGUGAAUACCUGAGAAAAUAAAAGGAAAACCUUGUUUAUGACUGGAUAUAUGUGGUUUUAAAGAUUUUUUUUUCUUUUCUUUUUAAAAGUUGGGUAAGAAAAACUAUCCUUAAACCACUGACAUGGUGUAAGAAAGUCCUUGCAGUAACUCUAUUCACUGUGAAGUCUCCUUGCCUUGUAACAUAAAGCAAACUUGCUAAAUGUUUUUUAACCGAGAAAUAAAAAUGAAUUCUAA